AUGGGAAAACAUCCGACCAGGUCGAGGUCGCGGUCGACGGAUCACAAUGAACGGCUCGAGCCGCAAUUGUUACGCGCUGCGGAAACCGACGAUGUGGAGAAGUUAAGUCGGCUUAUCGCAGAUGCAAAGAGCAAAGGACAGUUUCACGAAUACUAUCUACGCAUUGCCUUGAUACGAAGCUCGGAUAAAGGCAAGAUUGCAACGACCAAGUACAUAUUGUCUAUAGGCGCACCGCCAGAUGCAGCCUCGGAAAACCGAUUGCCACCUCUCCUGCGCGCCAUAGAGCAAGAUCACACUGCAAUUGUGCAUUUGCUACUAGAAUAUGGAGCGGACCCGGAGACUGCCGAUAAGAAAUCUAGGACGGCGCUCAUGACAGCCGCCUGGAAGAAUCGUUGGCAUAUCUUGAAUUCGCUGCUUGCGAAAGGCGCCGACGUUAAUAGAAAAGACCGUACCGGACGGAAUGUUCUCCAUAAUCUGGCCGCCGACAAAGUAAUGGACUGGGGAGACUCUAUCAUCGAGCUUUUAUUGAACCAAAAUAUCCAUAUUGAUGGCGAGGAGGGCCAAGACAUAGGUGGGCGUACCCCUCUGCAUUGGGCAUGUGUGACGGGGAAGAAACGGUUGGCUGAGCAAUUACUCGCUCGACCAAAGGGACCCAAAGCGUACAUAGAUGCCGUGGAUGGGCGUGAGAAGACAAGUCUGCACUUUGCAGUAUCUCGCGACAGAGAUGACAUCGUCCAGAUGCUUCUUGAUUAUGGAGCCAGUUUACACGCAAGGAGUGAUGGAGGGUGGACACCUUUCCACAAUGCGUGUCAAACUGGCUCCGAAAAGAUUGUUGGUAUUCUUCUAGAUGCCGGGGCAGAUAUCAAUGCAAAACUUCUUAAUGGAAUGUCACCUCUUCACCUCGCAGCUGAAGGCGGCCAUCUAGAAGUUGUCAAACGCCUUCUAAACUGCCAAAACAUCAAAAGAGCGCCCCGAGAUUCUUUCGGAAGUACGCCAUUCUUACGAGCAGCUCAGAAUAAGCAUAAAGACAUUGUUAAGCUUUUGUCUCCUGCCGAUAACUUAAAGGCUAUGUCCGAAGAUGCUCUUGGCGCGGUCAAAGGAUUCAGCGCUACGAUUGUAGACUUUGGAAAUUUCCACAACGGAAAUCGUGUUUCAAGGAAGAGCGUUUUUGAUGUGCUGUAUGGCGACGACAAAGACAACCCCCGAAAGCCAGCUUUCACUAUCAUUCCUAACGAUAAUGCUACAGAGUUCAGGUGGAUUCAUUUACCAUCAAACAAUAUGGCUUGGGUGGAAGCACUGCUUACGAAAUUAUUUAUCGAAGAAGGCGCCAGUGAUAUUGAUGGCUUUAAAGCACUCGAAAGAUCUUUUAGCCAUCAACAUCGAGGACAGCAAAGCCACUCGCACUUCAUGAGGCCUUUAUGCCAAAGUACUCCUAGAGCGCCACAAAUUCCAGAAGUUGAACCCCCCAGCACCAUGACUGAGCAGCCACCCCCAACUAUUGUGCUCAACGGGGCUUCUACUUCAAAUGAAAACCCACUUCCUCGGAAUCUUACCCGAACAUUAUCUUCCGCUUCUGGCGAUGAUGAAAGUAAGCGGAUGAAGACAUCUGGGCAACAUAGUAACAAAGACCAAGGCAAGGGCCUCCCAAAAGACAAGUCGAAGAAGGCAACGAUCAAAGGCAACAAAUAUCCGAAAGCUGAAUCGCAACCUUCGAACAAGAACCAACAACGUAAACCUAGUCAUCCCUCAGGCCAGAGCAAGAACCCGCGUUCUCCAGCAUUCCCCAGUCGGAAAGAUGGCACGCACAUUUCGAGGGGUAAUGUCUACACAUUCAUGCCUUACCUUCACUUUGAGACCAAGAAGCGAUGCCAAGAAAUGCAGCUGGCAAUAAAAGCCGCUGAGUCGAUGAAGACUUCGCGCUCUCGGCAUCCUCUUAAAGCCAGAACUUAUGAUGAAAUGCUUAUUCGAGCUCAUUUGACAACCUCGACCGUCUCUCUGCAUAUACGGCGGACGUUAGACCAGUCAUUUUAUCAUAACAUUGACACACUUCGCCGCGAUCAAGACCAGGUCGUUUACCGUUAUCAGACAAAAGACAACCACUCUAAAGAAGAGAUUGAUCCUAAACUUGUAAUGGUCGAUCAGAUGUGGAUGUGGGUGCUAGGAAAAAAUCUUGUUGUCACUGCUUUCCCACAACGGUGGCAGCAGCCUAAGAAUGACCCUUUAAACGUUCUCGAUAGCAUUAUCGAAGACGUCAACGACAAAACCCACGAGCCUGUUCGUUCCGUCCAUGAUCUUGCCAUGAUUGUCACGAGCCGCUGCACUGGAGUUUUUGACCGUCACCGAAUGGGAGAUGAGGACUACCAGUUUCUAGACAUGUUUGAAUCUUCCAUUGGGAAUGCUACGGAUAGAGAAACAAUACUAUUCGAAGAAUUCAAUAGAGCUUCAAGGCAAGCUUCGGCGUGGUUGCAGCAUCGUCGACACCUAAACUCUCUCACCAAACCUUCACAACAUACGGCUCACCCUGACAACGACAAAAAAGAUGGAGAGGAUUAUGCAGACUUAACGCGUGCACCUAUCUUUGUUGACAAGAUGCUUGAUAUCGGUCAGGAAACCGACUUACUGGCUGAAACAAAAGACAUCCGCGACGAAUUAAAUAUGAUCAAAAAGGUCUUCGAAGAUCAGCAGCAUGUCCUCCCAGCUGUCGAAGCGUCGAUAUGCGACAUAUACAAGGACGAACAGCGGUCGCAGCAAGAAGUCAAGAAACGGUUCGCAGAACAGUUGAAGAUAGUUGGGAUGCAUAUCAAAGACAUUGAUCGCAUGGACAAACAAGCUCAACGAAUUAACCAGGGUAUCAUAGAUAUGCUAGACCUCAAACAGAAACACGCAAAUGCUUUUGAAGCACGAUUCGCACGCGAUCAAGCUACUAGUACCGCCAGACAGAGCCAAACGAUUAUGGUUUUCACAAUUGUCACGAUUGUGUUCUUGCCUAUGAGUUUUAUUGCAGCAUUUUUUACGAUCAAUAUCCAGGAGUUCCCCGUAGACAGCAGUAACAAUCUGCCGCUCGCAUAUGUUGGCAAAUAUAUGUUUGGGAUUGGAUUGUCGAUUUCCAUCCCCAUGAUAUUCAUCGCAUUUUAUCUAGAUGACAUUGGCGGCCUGCUCAAGAACUUGAGGAACAGACUCAAGAACUCGAAAAGCAAACUAAAGCACUGGAGAUGGGAGAAAAAGACAAAAGAAGAGUUCGGGGAUGGAGAGACGGAUGAAGGAGAUCUCCAGACGCUGAGGCUCGAUCAAGUGCUUAGCGGAGCGCGUAGUGCCAGGAAGAGCGUCGAAACUGACUUGAUACGUGAGCGUCUUUCUGUGUCUGCUAGGCCGGUGACUGCGGGGUCUGCUCAGCGAGAAAAGUCUACGGGAUUUAGAAUCAUAAGUAGUGAUAUUGAGAGCGGUUUGAGAUGA